AUGCCACAAGCAGCCAACGAACUCCAAGAACCGCUGGAUGGUCUAGAGAUAGACAAUCAGUAUACCAAUCGGGGGAGCAUCAAACCGGCAUCUCCGAUCAUUGCAACAUCUCUCCUCACAGUACCCACCCCUCCCGACUCGCCGAGCCUCUCGCCUAUAGAUGAUGGAUAUUCAAUGCACUCUCAUCCACCAAAGCACUUUGAAGAACCGCUCCUCGCAACAUCAUGCACUGCGCUUGAUAUCGCCCUCCGUGGUGGCUUCCCAUAUCGGCGCAUAACCUCGCUCUCCAGCGCCCACAACGUAGAGCGGACAUUACUCGCAAUGCAUACAGUAGCUUCACAUUUGUUUGAAAGGCCACAUGCACACGCUGUGUGGGUGGAUACUGAGGGUUUGUUCUCUGCUGCAAAGUUGGGAGAGGUUAUUGCGGGUAAACUAGAGGAUGCAGGGGAAACCGGAAAAGAAAUAACGAUGGGCAGUGUGUUGGACCGCGUAACGAUCUAUAGGGUCGUGGAUAUACAUGAACUAUUCAAAGUGCUAGAGGAAGUCAAGAGUGAGAUAGAGGGCGAAGCCAAGGCAGGAGUAGAGAUGACAGAGGCAGAGAUGCGGGUGAGUGAAGUAGACAGGGUAGUCGAUGAUAGCCAGGGUAACAACGAUAACGAUGGACUUCCCCGACAAGAGUUGGAAGAAAAAGUCAUUCAAGACAGCCAGGAAGAAGAAGAAGAAGAAGAAGAAGAAGAAGAAGAAGAAGAUUGGGACGAUGACGAAGAUCAGAGGAAAGAGGAAGAGGUCAAACUGCAAAAAGCGGUAGUGAAGGAAGAAGAAAAACCAUCGAGGCCUCAACAAACAAUAGGAGUAAUAGUAGUCGAUACAAUCACCCACCUCCUUCCAGACCUAAAAUUUACGCCUCGCAUCAACCUCCGCGGCUAUCAGAGGGAUGCUUAUGGAGGAGAGGAUAAUUGGCACCAGUCCGAGAGACCUGAGGCUGCAGCGUUACUUGUGGACCUCUCCCGCGCGUUCAGCCUACUCGCGAAUGCCACCAAGACGUGUCUUUUGCUGCUGAACGAUGUAACCUCUGCCCCAUAUGAUGAGGACGUUUAUGUCCGCAGUCAUGAGCUACCACCGAGUAUAUUUCAUUUUUAUACCGGGGUUAAACCUGCACUGGGACCAGUCUAUACAGAAUGUGUAGAUUUGUCGAUUUUACUAUUCAAUCAGCCCCAAGAUAUUAGCGUGGAACCUGGAAGCGUAAAAUUACGGAGAGACGGUGAAGAGAGAGAAGGAAGGGAGAUUUGGGUGGCUGAGGUGUUGAACGAUAGCACCCUCAUGACAACCACCCCUCGUCAUGACGCUGCCCCACGAGAAUUGAUCGUACUGACGCCGCCCGCGCCCUGGAAACCGCUCAACCGCCCGCGCAAGGCCGAAGUCCUCGAUGACAGCAAUCUCGAGAGCGGCGCGCGCAAUCUCCUCACGUUUGAGCACCCUGGUGGUGUGCUCGACGCAACGCAGAUGGAGAUCUCGCUGUACAGGCCCGACACACUGCGUGUGUCGCGCGAGCGGUACAACCAGAUGGUUGAGGAGCUUGACAAUGCGUUCCUGCGGUCGCAGUUGUGGGAGUACUACAGCGAGUUUGUGAGCAGAACUCCGGAGAAGGUGAUUAUACCGCUACGCAAGACGGCGAAGAAGUCGCAGGUGCUCAACACGAUUUUGAGGAAUCUGUGGGACAUUGAAGUGACUGAUGAGAUUGCGGAGAGGGAGGACGUGCUCAUCACCAGGGAGAUUACGAGCAGGAGGAGGGACCUGUUCUUCAUGGUCGGGGAAGAUGGACAUGUUCUCAGGACCUGGGCCCAGAAGUUCAUGACCAGGAUCACGGUCAAUGUUGCGAAGUCAACAAUACAGUUCCGCGGUUCACUGGCCAACAUUGAGCGCCUGUCGUUCGCCAUGGACGAGAUGCUCAAGACGAUCAUUACCGAAGAUAUCGACCUCUCAUGGACGUUAAGAUAUGGCAACUUUACAGAGGACCUCGUUACGCCAAUUGCGAGACUUACUAAUACUUUUAUCGAGAAAGUCGACGAAACCACCAUACGGGUUAUGGCACUCGGGCCCGAAAGGCAUGCAAUUGAUGAUGCGCGCCGACUACUCUACUCUGCUCUAAACAUGCAGGUCCGGUCAAUCUACUCCCUACUGUACAAUUCCCCUAGCGACCAAGAGAGCCCCAAGGGCGCUCUGUAUAAAUUUUCAGAGGAUCCUUCAUUACCAUGGGUAUUCAGAGGCCGAGAUUGGGCCCGCUGGAGAAUCGUUAGGAACAAGCCAAACCCGGCCGCACAGGAGGUGGAGCCUAAGCCCGAUGAGGCGGAGCAGGGCAACAUCAAGAUGAAGGGAGAGCGGAGCUUAGGCCAACUCGAAAAUAUCCGGCAGAUCCUCGAUCAAAGCCCCAUUGCGGAAGUCGCAGUCGGUGAGCGUCAACCAGCAGAAUACCAGGCAAUUCUAGGCUGCAUUCUCCACGAUUCAGAAGGAAACUCCGUACCACAAUCCCCCCAGACCCUCGAGGAAUUCAUUAAGGACGAGCGCCCCCGCGUUCUCUCCAACGAGUUUCCAGGUGUCUCCUUCAUCGCACAAGCACCCGUAAGCAGAAAGGACCUGAAGCUCGCCUACAUAGACGACUCGGCAAAACUCUUAGAUGAGGAUAUUGCCUACUCCUUCUCAGUCCGAUUCGCGGCGUCGCCCUGGUCACUUCCAACGACAUUUGAUCAGUACCCCAUCCUUGAACUGACGCUCCCAAUCGAUAGAUAUACUGGCAAUAUCUUGCAACCUACACUAAUCGCCCGUCACUCAGAAUCGGUAGCAGACAUGCUCAUGCCGAACCGACAAUGUGACCUCCGCUUCCUUCGCCGUGUGGAUGUCCCACUGGCAAUGGGUACAGGGGAUGAACAAACCGUCGGCGGUGUCACCGUUGAGGAGAUGAAACGUUUCAAAGAGAACAGCAACCUGGACCUGAGCGGGAAAUCGAAGCUGCGUGUGGUCCCGACGCUUAAGGCAUCGGUGCCACAAUGGAUGAUGCAGCAUGUUCCCGAUCUACCAACUACAGAUGUGGAUUAUCUAUUCGUGGGCAUGGAAUUUAGAAGAGAGCUAAACUUCGACUGGCAUGGACUGCAGCUGAGGCACACCGUCAUUGAGGGCGGGGCAAGUGGUGGAAAGAGGACAGAGGUGAAGCUGAUCUGCAAUGGUCCUUCUGAGACCGAAGGAGUUCUGGAAGUCAAGACAAAUGAUGAGAUUCUACAGACACAAGAAGAAGUAGAGAAGAAUAUGAAGCGAGAGGUUGAGAUCAAGGAGCUAGUGGCCGAAAAGGCAAAAUGGGAAGAGGACGAAAUUGGUUCUAAUGAGGAGGUAGUACCAGAAAGUAAUGAGGUUGACCUAGCAGCAGAGGUAGCGCAGCUGGAUGACCAGGCAGAGGCAGAGGAGGCGGAAACGGAGAUUUCGCGGACACCUACAGGAGUUCCGGAUUCGUCGUUUGCAGAGUUUAUGAAGGGCACCAUGUCGUUGGUGAAGUCACUUGAGUCUCGGAUCACACGCAGUACAAGGGACGGAAAAGGCAUUUUACGAUGA